UUAUAUGCUUACAAUGUGUGCCUGGUCCCAGUUUGUGAUCUCAAGGAAUGAAAACAAUACUCUAAAUUUGAAAGCAUUUCUAUUAUGUUGGAGAAAAUAACCCUAGACUUUCUAUUGCCUGAUUGAUUGAAUAAUCAAUCAAUUCCAUUCCAUGUAUAUCCCAUUGCUUCAAAUGAUUCCACCUUUAUUAUUCUAUCUAGAACAGUAUUACAGAUUGUGUAUAUCGAGUAGUUGAAAUGACUGGGUUGGAUGGAAAAAAAGUUUUGAAAUUGCUUCCAGCUUCUAAACCUUUAAAUAACUUGAAGCCUCUGGUUCAGUCUCCAGUUGUGUCUCAUGCUGUUAAAGGAAACGUUUCACUAUCUGUUCAUGAUUAUGUGAAGCCUUCAUUUGCAAGUACUGUUACAUCUACUGCUGCUAAAAUCUCUAAAUUAAAGACCAUUGCACCCAGUCGUUUAAUUUUAUCGAAGCCUUUAAAUCAAUUAGAACAAGUUAAUGCAACUUUUGUUGUAAAACAAAAUCCAAUUACAUCAACAGUUUUUGGCAUUCAGAGUAGUUAUUCAGCUGAUAGAUCAUCCUUGCAGAAAUCUGUUGUACCAGUUUGUUUGUACACAAGCACAGCAGUUGUGAAAAUAGAAAAUAUUCCACUUUCCAUGAAACUGCCAAUGUUACCUUCUGGCCAACAUCUUCAAAUACCUGCUCAUGCUAAAGUUAAAACUCUUUCAGUUUCUGUUUUGUCACCAGUAAUUCAGGACAAAAUCCUGGCUAUAGCUACAGCCUCAAAUACUUCAGGGACAGGUGAAAAUACCAAUGCACCAACCAUCUCUGCAUCACCAGUAAAUACAGUAAAAAUGCCUGCUUCAGAAUCAUUGGAAACAAAAUCAGUGGAAGAAGAAUCUAGUUCUUUAUUACUGGCAACACCACAGAAGGUUGUCAAUAGCUCUGCUAUGCAAGUAUCAACCUUGGGUAGUGUGGAAAAUAAGAUGAGACCUAUCAAAUGACUUGUUCAAGAAAACCAGUCAUCAACAUCCUACCUUGUCCCUGUAAAAUCAUCUAACAAAGUGGCAUCUAAGCUCUUAAAAACAUUGACUGAUAUGAAAAAUACUGAAAACAAUUCUACCAGUAUCUUGCCUAUUUGUUCUAGCAGCCUCCAUGAAAGUCAUGCAAAAAUGCCUUCUAUAAAAGACAAUGCUCUAGUAAUGUGCAACAGAAAGGUGUAUUUACUGACUAAAAAGGAAGCUAAUAUUUUAUCAACACUCAAGCCUAGCAAGCAACAAAGCACAAAUGUCCAAAAACAAACUUCAGAACUAAUUAGCUCAAUUACAGAUAAUACCAUAACUAAUCAGGUUAUCAAUCUUGUAUUAUCAAAAAAUAAAAGGAUUGCAUCUAAUGUGAAAGAACCUAAAUUCAGUGACAAUACAAUACCGUAUCCAGAAUCUGAUGUAAAUAAGGAUUUUAAAACAAUCGACACCUUCUGGCUCACCACAUGACAAUCUUCAAAUAAGCAGCAUCGGCCAACAUGAAGCGGUGUCUUCAGAGAGGAG